AUGGACGCGGUAAGAGUAGACGAUCGAUCAGCAAUCAUGGCGGCACCAGUGGAGGAGGCCGGCGCUCCGCGCUACAUCCUGAUUCCGCUGCACGGCACAGGCGAGGCGGUGGCGGUGGACGUGGAUCGCCUGCCGUCCGAUCACGGCGAUCUGGUCGACAUUCUCAAGGGCGAGCAGGCGCCGCUCGACUGCUGGCUGCACCUCGCGAGAGCGUACUUCAAGCAAGGCAACACAGCGGCGUUCCUAGACAUCCUAUCAGAAGGCACCUCGCCAGACGCGGAGAGAGUAUAUGAGACGUCUCGCCACGAGCGCAUAGCCAUGCUGAACGCAUUAGGAGCACACUACACGGGGCUGGGGCGCGUGGCACGGCGGCAGAAGCGAGACGAGGUGCUGAUCAAGGUGGUGGACUUCUAUAACAAGGCUGCUCGUAUCAGCAGUGAAGCUGUCGCCACGUGGGUGGGGAAAGGGCAGCUGCAGCUGGUGAAGGGCGAGGUGCAUCAGGCGGAGGAGAUGUUCUCCCUCGCCCUCGCUGGCGCGCCUGACUAUGUGCCUGCUCUGCUAGGCAAGGCGUGUGUGCUCUUCCACAAGGCCAAGUUCCAAGACGCUCUCAACCUCUACAAGAAGGUACUGCAGCUGCACCCUAGCUGCCCGCCAUCAGUGCGGCUGGGCAUCGGCCUGUGCCACCUGCGUCUCUUCGCCUCCUCAGCAGCGCGCCAGCCAGCAGCAGCACGCAGGGAGUUCCACGCGGGCAAGGCCAGGCAGGCGCUGGAGCGGGUGCUGCAGCUGGAGCCAGGGAACGCAGACGCGCUGGUGGCUCUUGGGCUGUUGGAUGUGAACUCCGACGAUGUCACAGCAGUGCAGCGGGGCCAGCAGCGCAUGCUAGCAGCGUUCCACGCCUUCCCGUUCCACCCCAUGGCCCUCAACCAUCUCGCCAACCACGCCUUCCUCGCCGGCCCUUCUCUGCACGGCCUGGUCGACCCCCUGGCUGCGCUCGCCCUCGCCAGCACAGAAGCUUCUCUGCCGCGCGCUGAAGCAUACUACUGCCUCGCGCGCACCUACCACGCUCAGGGUGACAGGAAGAAGGCGUUUGCGUAUUACAAGGCGGCCACGGAGACGGUGCAGCCGGGGGAGUUCGCGCUGCCCUACUACGGGCUGGGGCAAAUUCAGCUGAGUCUGGGCGACGCCAAGGCGGCAGUGGGCACGCUGGAGAAGGUGCUGGCUGUGCACCCCACCAACAGUGACGCGCUCAAGCUGGUGGGCGCCAUUCACCUGCAGCAGGGCCGGCAGGACCAAGCCCUGGCGUGCUUCCGCAAGAUCACUCAACACUGCCCCUCUGACAUGGAUGCAUGGUUGGAGGUGGGAGAGCUUCUCGUCUCCUCCGACCUUCCUGCUGCGCUCGAGUCUCUCAAGAAGGUGCGCUCACACCCCAGGUUCACGGUGCACUGCAGUGCUUGGCUGCGCUGCAAGGGCAUACGAGCGGAUGGUGAAGGUGGUGGGCAAGGAGGGCGUGUCAGUCCCAUCGGACUCGCCUCACUUAUUCUCCUCUCCCUCACUUAUUCUGCCUCCUCCACCCCCCUGUCUUCCCCUGGAGUGCAGGCAUAUGAGCGCAUGGUGAAGGUGGUGGGCAAGGAGGGCGUGUCAGCAUAUGAGCGCAUGGUGAAGGCGGUGGGCAAGGAGGGCGUGCCGUGGCAGCUGGUGAACAACAUUGCCGCGCUGCAGCAUGAGAGGGGCGCGUAUGAGGAGGCAGUGCAGGCGUACAAAGAGGCUCUGGGCCCACACGGGCCGUGGGCGCCCAUCCUGCACCUUGAGGGGCUUGCAGACGAGGACGAGAGGAAAGGCGCAGAGACAGCACUGCCAGUGGAGAAGGUGACAGUGGUGUUCAACCUCGCUCUCUCCCUCGAGCGCACCUGCUGCCUCACCCAGGCCGCUGCCCUCCACCGCCUCAUCCUCUCUCAGUACCCAUCCUACCUGGACUGCCAUCUACGCCUGGCAGUGAUGGCACUGGACCGCCGAGACAACGCCACUGCCAUGACGCAUAUAUCAGCCGUGCUACAGCGUGCGCCUGACAGUGUGGACGCGUUGCUGCUGCGCAGCCGGGCAGAGGCGGAGAGGGACGACCAUGCGGCAGCCAAGGACACGCUCAAGCGCAUCGUGGACCUCUCGCCUGAGAAAUGCACUGCUGCCCUUGUUGCCCUGGGCAACUGGAACUUGAACAUGAGUGCUCGCCCCACGCGCGACACCAAAGCAGAGGCAUCCUUCCUUGAGAAGGCCCGGGAGAUGUUUCACAAGGCAUUGACGGGCAGCAGCAACAACAUGUAUGCAGCGAACGGGGUGGGGAGUGUGGUGGCGGAGAGGGGCCUGUUCGACGUGGCAAAGGACAUCUUCACCUCCGUGCAGGAGGCCUCCUCUGCCCCCGGCACCACCGACCUGCCAGACGUCUGGAUGAAUCUCGCUAACGUGCAUUUGGCCAAGGGGGAUUACGCUCUUGCUGUCAAGCUGUACGAGAAGACUUUGAAACGCUUCUUUGCAAGCGGGGCAGUGGGGGCGAGCGGGGCCGAGGGCUUCCACUUGCGCACUUUGUCCUAUAUGGCGCGCGCGCAGUACGACGCCGACCAGCUGGCGCAGUGCCGCCGCUCGCUGCUGCUAGCGGUGCAUGUAGCGCCGAACAACGCCGCCCUGCGGUUCAACGUGGCGGUGGCGCUGCAGAAAAUGGCCGUGACUGUGCUGAAGCAGGAGAAACGGACGGCAGAGCAGGUGCGCAAGGUGGUGUCCGACUUGAAGACCGCCCUCCGGCUCUUCUCCCAGCUGGCAACGCGGGGAGUACAGGGGUCACAGGGGGGGGUCGACAAGAAGAAAGCCAACUCGCACCUCGAGUACUGCCAGCAUGUGCUCAGCUCGGCCAAGCAGCAUCUGGAGGUGGCCGAGAGGGAGGAGCAGCAGCGCAAGCAACGGGCGGAGGCGGAGAGGCAGGUGGCAGAGGCAGAGGCGUCGAAAAAGAGAGCGGAGGAGGAUAAGCUGCUGGAGGCGGAGCGGCAGAGGAGGGAUGAGGAGGAGAGGCGGCUGCUGGAGCAGGAGGAAGAGAUCAAGCGCCGCAUGGAUAUGUGGAAGCGCAACGAGAGGCCCAAGGCAGUGGAGGACGAUGACGAGGGCGGGGAAGGGUCGGGAGAUGAGGGAGGGAGUCCGAGGGGAGAGAGGAGGGGGAGAGGUGGAGGAGGCGAGGGGGAGGAGGAGGAUGCCCUGGCUGCAGCUGGGCUGGUGGAUGAGGAGGAGGAGGGAGGGGAUGCACGGGGGGACGGCAAUGACCAGGGAGCCCCCGCUCGCAAGCGGCGCCGGCAGCUGGCAGAUUCGGAUGAGGAAGAGGCUGGUGGCGGUGCUGAGAGGGAGACACAUGUGGUGGGCAGUGCGCCUGAUGGCGGGGAGGAGGCACCCCCACCCCCCACAGGCGAGGCAGAGGGCAUGCAGGAAGGGUGA